UUGGAUAUAAAACCCGAGGUUGUUGAAGGAAUACGAAUCUACGCUAAUUAACUAUUGACCGAGAAAUCGGAUUAUGUCGAAGCUAAAAACAGCCCAUCUCUGGCAGAGUGCUGCCAGACGAUCAAGUCAGCUUACUACUACAGUCAAAGAUCUUCAUUGUGGCAAAAUGCUAAAACAUAGGACCAGUUUCCAGAAUUUAGCUCUUUCUGCAGUGGAUAAUAAAAGAGACAAGGAGUUAAAAGCCAGAACUAGUGAACUAGAAGAUAUAAAAGCUAAAUAUAAAACAGAAAAUGAAGAAAAAACGAAAUUACAAGAGAAGUUGGAUGGUCUGAUCGUAAACCAGACAGAGAGUUCUAGAAAACUCCAAUCUUAUGUCGAGACAAACGAGAGACUUAAAGUUGAGGUGAGGAGGAAGACAGACGAGGUUGAGAAAUUACAUAGAAAUGUUAAUAUUCUGGAAGACCGAGUCAGAAAUCUUGAAAUAAAGGCAUGCGAAGUGGAGAAAGCGGAACUAACAUUGGAGUCAACGAAAAAACUUCUAGAUAGCAGUCAAAAUGAAUGCAGGGUAAAGGAAUCAGAAAUCAGACGAAUGUCAUCAAAGUUAGAAGAAACACAGAAUGAUCUGAAGUUUGCAACGACAGAGAAUAAACAUUUAGAAGCUAAACUGGAUGAUCUGAAAAAACAAGUGCGACAAGAAUUGAUGAAGAAUGAAUUGAUAGAAAAGGGUUUGGAUACUAUACCGCGUCUACAAGAAGAGUUGGGGGAACAAAAGAAACGUUUAGAGGAAACUGAGAAAGAAUUAACCGAUAAAACAGCUUUAUUAACAGCCAGUAGACAGUCUAUUAGACAUUAUAUAGAUAGAAUAAGGGAAGUUGAGGAGAGGGUGACAGAAUCCGAAACAUUAAAACAGAAUCUGGCUACAGCUCACCAUGAGAUUCAAACAUUAAAACAUUUGAUGAGAGGCAAAGAUGUCGUCAUGUUCCAGAAAUUACAAGCUAUUGAACAGGCUAAGUGUGUUUUAUCAAGGAAUGUGAAGAAUGGAGACGUGACACCUGAUAUCAAUCAACUAAAGACUUCCGUCGAUAAACUCAGUAAACUCAUCCGAGCUGAUAGUUGUCAAGAAAUAAGUGAAGAUGAUAAAACUGGAUCGAGUUUUUCACGACAGAAAUCAACCUCGUUUAGAUCAAGUUUUAUAACUAACGGACAUGCAAACAGUAUAGACGUCAAUAUAAAACCAUUUAGUUCGGAUAACCGAAGCAACAAAUCUAAAAUCCAAGAUCACCGACGUCCAGUAACAGCAAUAGUAUAUCCAAGUGUUAGACCAAGUACGUCAACGGCACGAAACAGGACAUUUCACACUUCUGAGUUCCAUUCUGGAAUUAGUUCUGAUCGCCACAUCUUCUCACGACAGGGUUCGAAUCGAUUCAAGGAAAGCACAAGUCCGCGGCAGUGUCGGUUUCAGGACUCUAGUUUAGCUUCCAACUCUGUGGACAGUGAAAAUGAAUCGUGCUUAAGUAGUUCAGGACCAGAAAGGGGUGAUAGAAUCCAGCAUGAUUUAAAUCGUAUAACGGGGAAGGAAAGGGAUGAAAUUUUGACCGGUUUUAUAAACGUUGGAGACAGAAUCAAGAUAACUGUUCAACCAAAACAACCCAAAUAUGGCCGCAAAAAAUUUAGACCUAUAAACUACAUUGGUAUAGUGAAAUAUAAAGGUUAUUUAGAUAAAACAACAUAUGAUUCGAGAUUAAUGGUGGGUGUCAAGCUAGACGAUUCUAUAGGAGAUACAGAAGGCACGGUUAAUGGAAAGAGUUUUAUGUAUACACCGCUAAAUCAAGGAAAAUAUUUUAAAAUACAGGAUAUCUCAUCAGUUUUUGAUAAAAAGACUGGGAGUUAUAUAUCAACAGAGAUAUUAAUGGUCCAGUUUGCUAAUCAAUAUAAACAACAUCAAGAUAAACAACAAUAUGAUGAUUCCGAUGACUCAGACUGUUGACCGUUACACCAAGAUAACCAACAAUAUGAUGAUUCAGAUGACUGUUGAUCAUUAUGUGUGGUUUAAUGGUCUCGAGCUUAAGACAUUGUGUGAUAUAUUGAAACAACACGAGGGAUGUAGUCGCAAUGUCUUAAGCUCGAGACCAUUAAACAACUUAAAAUACAGACACUCGCACGUGCUUUGCAAUGAAAUAUGUCGCACAGGUCAAAAAUUUCAACUAGUAUAAAAUAAUGUACGCUUGGCACAAUGUCCGUACCAUUAUUUGAAAUAGUGGUACGCCAACAUCAAAGGAUGACGUCGCAUCUGUAUUUUAAAUUUUAAAUUUUACUAGAAACCGCUGAUCGUAAUGUCAAACUACAAGAAAUAUCAGUACAAAAAUUAUUUAAUUCUAUUCAGUAUUUAAAAAGCUAUGAUGGAUUGAAACGUUCGGAUUAGUGCUCAACCUGGGUUUCAUUUCUCCCUGCCAGAUUUUAAUUUAAAUUUCAUAACAUAUAUUUUUUCCGCCAAUAAAAUAAAAAUGUCCGAACCUCGGAUUAUUCCCCUUUUUGUCUACCAAGGCAUAUUAUAAUGUAUAUUUCUGUAAGGCAAUCCCUCCAACUCUACUCAAAAUUCAUAUAAUUGUGUACAUUGUUCAGAUAUGAGCUAGGUUUAUAACGUAACUUGAACUAUUUACAAAAUUUUAUUUUAGGUUACUUAUAUUGUUAAAUUAUUAUAUAUUAUUUACCCAAUGAACUAUCUGUGAUAUUUUUGUAUUUAUAAAACAUAAUUUUGUUUUAGACCAACUGUUUUCCCCCAUACUGACAAUUUUUUAUGUAUAAGAAUAAGGCCUGUCACACCCUGUAAAUUAUAUGCAGUUAUAUACAGAAAGCAUCUGGCCAACUGCUCUAAUUUGAUAACAAAUUUGAUUUUGUGCAUUAUCUUGGUGAUUCUUACAUAUGAAUCCCUUUUUGGGAUUUUCCGACGUGGUUUCCCCUGUGUCAGUGGUGUAAAACUGAGGGCCUGGCAAGGACAGCUGUCUAGUCCUUAGGAUGGGACGAAACAUCCUAGUCGUGUGUAUACUUUGGUGUGCAUGUAAAAGAUCCCUUAGCAGUUUGAAUUCGAUAUAAGAGUAGGCCAUAGUGCCGCUGCCCGGGAAAAAUUCCCCUCAUAGCACAAUGUAUGGCAGAUACCCAUCUUCAUUAGUCCAGUAUAGGACCAGAACAGUAGGACGUUAAACCCCAUUUCAGUUCAUUCUCCUUUUUUUACGGACACUUAGUAUUUUAAAUUUUGUCUUGUUUUAAUGUUGAUCUACUAAACUUACAGGGGGGUUGGGUGGCCGAAUGGUUAGCACGUGCGCGCUGUGUCAUACGGUCUGUCAUUGAGUCAACUGCCGGGGUUUCGAUUCCCCGGUUGUACGUGACAAGGAGUAGGGUCAUAUACAUACUUGCAGGCCGUUCACCAUGCUUCAUGUUCCUAUUUGAAAUAAAUUGACAUAUUAUA